GGUGCCGGCUCAGAAACCGCCGGCACAGAUCAGAGGAGCCGGGAGCGGGAACGGGAGCAGCAGCGGAGCCGGGACGCGAGGCGAGCGGCAGCAGCAGAGACAGACACAGAUACAGAGACAGGCACUAGACGCGAAAGCAGCAAGACACGAAAAAAAACCACAACACCCUGAUCGACACAUCCAUAAAAGCAGAGUGAUGAUGAUGAACAUACUAAUACCAAUAAAAGAAGAAAAUGAAAGACCUUUAAUAGAAGAGAAAAAUCUGAAAUCCUCACAUUAAAAAAAAAAAAAAAGGAAAAAGGAAAAAGAGGAAAUCCUAGAAUCAGGGAAUGAAACUUUUGGGUAGCAAAGCUGUUCUCUGCCUUUUUUUUUUUUUUUUUUUUUUGAUAUGAAAUCUUUUUGCAGGUAAUUUUUUUUUUUCAAUUUCGCGGUUUCCUGCCUUUUUCUUCCAUCUAAAGAGGGCAUGUCCACCGGCUGUUCCAGCAGCAUCUACCCCUCCAGCUCCCACCAGGAAGACAAACCGAGGACAAUCUUGAAAUAUAAAAAUUUCCUCCUUGGGAUUUGCUGCUGCUGCUGCCUCCACCGCCACUGCUGCUGCCGCGGUGCAGUGCCAAGACUCUCGGAAUAAAUAAAAGCGGGCUACUGUGUAUCUCUAGCUACAGCCAGCUAAUAUCUAUUAUUAGUUGGUCAUUUAUUUCGAAGAUCACAGAUGAAGUGGGGACGCCUGUCUUCUUCAUUUAGUCAGCGUGUGAAAUAAUAAUACCCAUAACAAAAAGGAGGGAGAUGGGGGAGAGAAAAAUCCUAACAUGAAUCAGAAGAAAUAGUAUCUAGCACACUCCCUCCCCCCAAAUCAACCUCCCCCCUCCCUUUUCUUCCCCCCUCCCCUGAUCCCGCUCUUUCCACACGCUUGCAGGCGCGGGCACACACACAGAGACGCGCACACAGACACACACAGACGCGCACACACACACUGUAGUGUGUAUUUUCGGAGGAGGAGGAGGUGGUGGUGGCUUUUGGAAGAGGAGGAAGAGGUGGUGUCGGGGAGGGGGGAUCUCUUUCCCCGUUUGGAGAUGAUUGUGCUAUUCCUCUUUGCCUUGCUCUGGAUGGUGGAGGGGGCCCUUUGCCAACUCCAUUACACGGUGCAGGAAGAGCAGGAGCAUGGCACGUUCGUGGGGAAUAUCGCCGAGGACCUGGGCUUGGACAUUACAAAACUUUCGGCUCGGCGCUUCCAGACGGCGCCCAACUCCCGCAGCCCUUACCUGGAGCUCAACCUGGAAACCGGGGUGCUCUACGUGAACGAGAAGAUCGACCGGGAGCAGAUCUGUAAGCAGAGCCCCUCCUGCCUGCUGCACCUGGAGGUCUUCCUGGAGAACCCCCUCGAGCUGUUCCGGGUGGAGAUCGAGGUGCUGGACAUCAAUGACAACCCGCCCUCCUUCCCGGAGCCCGACCUCACCGUGGAGAUCUCGGAGAGCGCCACACCGGGCACCCGCUUCCCGCUUGAGAGCGCCUUCGACCCCGACGUGGGCACCAACUCCCUGCGCACCUACGAGAUCACUCCCAACAGCUACUUCUCCCUCGACGUGCAGACGCAAGGGGACGGCAACCGCUUCGCCGAGCUGGUGCUGGACCAGCCGCUGGACCGGGAGCAGCAGGCGGUGCACCGCUACGUGCUGACGGCGGUGGACGGCGGGCAGCCCCAGCAGCGCACCGGCACCGCCCUGCUCACCGUCAGGGUGCUGGACUCCAACGACAACGUCCCCGCCUUCGAGCAGCCCGUCUACACUGUGUCGCUGCCGGAGAACUCCCCGCCGGGCACCCUGGUGCUGCAACUUAACGCCACGGACCCCGACGAGGGCCAGAACGGCGAAGUCAUCUACUCCUUCAGCAGCCACAUCUCGGCCCGCGCCCGGGAGCUCUUCGGCAUCGCGCCGCGCACCGGGCGGCUGGAGGUGAGCGGUGAGCUGGACUACGAGGAGAGCAGCGUGUACCAGGUGUACGUGCAAGCCAAGGACCUGGGGCCCAACGCCGUUCCGGCCCACUGCAAGGUGCUGGUGCGGGUGCUGGACGCCAACGAUAACGCGCCCGAGAUCAGCUUCUCCACCGUCAAGGAGGCGGUGAGCGAGGCGGCGGCGCCGGGCACCGUGGUGGCCCUUUUCAGCGUCUCGGACCGCGACUCGGAGGAGAACGGGCAGGUGCAGUGCGAGCUGCUGCAGGGCGAUGCGCCCUUCCGCCUUAAGAGCUCCUUCAAGAACUACUACACCAUCGUCACCGAGGGGCCGCUGGACCGCGAGCAGCCGGGCGGCGACGCCUACACCCUCACGGUGGUGGCCCGGGACCGCGGCGAGCCGCCGCUCAGCACCAGCAAAUCCAUCCAGGUGCGGGUGAGCGACGUGAACGACAACGCGCCGCGCUUCAGCCAGCCCGUGUACCAGGUGUACGUGAGCGAGAACAACGUGCCCGGUGCCUACAUCUACGCCGUCAGCGCCACCGACCGCGACCAGGGCGCCAACGCCAGGCUCGCCUACUCCAUCCUGGAGAGCCAGAUCCAGGGCAUGUCCGUCUUCACCUACGUCUCCAUCAACUCCGAGAACGGCUUCCUCUACGCCCUCCGCUCCUUCGACUACGAGCAGCUCAAGGAGUUCAGCUUCCAAGUGGAGGCCCGGGACGCCGGCGAGGAGCCGCAGCCGCUGGCCGGCAACGCCACCGUCCACAUCAUCGUGGUGGACCAGAACGACAACGCCCCCGCCAUCGUCAGCCCCCUGCCCGGCCGCAAUGGCACCCCGGCGCGGGAGGCGCUGCCCCGCGGCGCCGAGCCGGGAUAUUUGGUGAGCCGAGUGGCGGCGGUGGACGCGGACGACGGGGAGAACGCCCGCCUCACCUACAGCAUCGCGCGGGGCAACGAGGCCGGGCUGUUCCGCAUGGACUGGCGCUCCGGGGAGCUGCGGACAGCCCGCAGGGUUCCGGCCAAGCGCGACCCGCAGCGCCCCUACGAGCUGGUCAUCGAGGUGCGCGACCACGGGCAGCCGCCGCUCUCCUCCACCGCCGCCGUCCAGAUUGUGCUGGUGGACGGGGCGGGCGAGCGGCCCGGCGGCGGCGGCCCGGGCGCGGGGACGGGCGCGGGGGGCGGUGGCGGCGGCGGCUCUGGAGAGCAUCGCCCCAGCCGCUCCGGGGGGGAUACCUCGCUUGACCUCACCCUUAUCCUCAUCAUCGCCCUGGGCUCCGUCUCCUUUAUCUUCCUGCUGGCCAUGAUCGUCCUGGCCGUGCGCUGCCAGAAGGAGAAGAAGCUCAAUAUCUACACUUGCCUGGCCAGCGACUGCUGCUUGGGCUGCUGCUGCUGCUGCCCUUGCUGCAGCCGGCAGGCGCGGGCCCGCAAGAAGAAGCUCAGCAAGUCGGACAUCAUGCUGGUUCAGAGCUCCAACGUGCCCAGUAACCCGGCGCAGGUGCCGGUGGAGGAGUCGGGCAGCUUCGGCUCCCACCACCACAACCAGAACUACUGCUACCAGGUCUGCCUCACCCCUGAGUCCGCCAAGACCGACUUGAUGUUCCUCAAGCCCUGCAGCCCCUCUCGCAGCACCGACGCCGAGCACAACCCCUGCGGGGCCAUCGUCACAGGCUACGCCGACCAGCAGCCCGACAUCAUCUCCAACGGCAGCAUCUUGUCUAGCGAGACGAAACAUCAGCGUGCUGAGCUCAGUUAUCUAGUUGACAGACCCCGACGAGUAAACAGUUCUGCAUUCCAGGAAGCAGACAUAGUAAGCUCUAAGGACAGUGGUCAUGGAGACAGUGAGCAAGGAGACAGUGAUCAUGAUGCCACUAAUCGAGGUCAAUCCUCUGUUUCUUUUUCUUUCAUGCUUGCAGGCAUGGAUCUCUUCUCCAAUUGCACGGAGGAAUGUAAAGCACUGGGCCACUCAGAUCGGUGCUGGAUGCCUUCCUUUGUCCCAUCUGAUGGACGCCAAGCUGCAGAUUACCGCAGCAAUCUGCACGUACCUGGCAUGGACUCCGUUCCAGACACUGAAGUGUUUGAAACACCAGAAGCCCAGCCGGGGGCAGAAAGGUCCUUCUCCACCUUUGGCAAAGAGAAGGCCCUUCACAACAGUCUGGAGAGGAAGGAGUUGGAUGGACUGCUGUCUAAUACACGAGCGCCUUACAAACCACCAUAUUUGAAACAUGGGUGGCAGCAGAGUAAUCCCCAUCCUACAUCCCCCAGCCCCAGCCCCAGCCGUGUGUCUCACCCUUUACCUGGAUGCACCGCUACGAAGGCACUUGCCAUCUCUGGAUCUCAAAGUGGAUUAUAAAGAAUAGUGAUUUAAACCUUCCUGCACCUCUAGGAGAUAGCACGGAAAAGGAUAUGCUAGUCACUUCUACAGGACUUACCUGAAGCAGCAUGAUUUGCACAAAAGUCGACCAACAAAAAGCAUCAACUUUCAACUUCAUUAUCUUGGCCAUCCAGUUCUGUGUAACUGAAGGAUUUGUGUGCUGUUGGAGACAUCAUGGCCAACAAUAGGACCUAAUUGCUCUCAGCAGGCCUGAGAAAUGAGUUGAAAUGUGUAGAACUGUAGAAACUUAAGAGGCAACUGAUCUUGCCUCUCUGAUCAGUGUGUGCCUGUUUACAGCACUAUAUAUCUUUCUCUCUCCAAAAUGUCACUGAGCCCUUUAGAUGUUUAUAUUCACCACAAGAAGCCAAUCGUACAGAUAAAAGAGAUGUGCAUUAUAAAUGCAAUAUCACUGUUUUAAACUUGACUGUUUUAUAUUAUUUUUGUGUGAUCGAGUGUUCCCCAAACUAUUCCAACUUUACAAGAGAGAUUGUGAUCAUGUUCUUUUCACGUGUGGGUCAUAAAAAUGUUGUUAAUCUGAAGACCCACAAAAUUAUCAAAGACAUUCUGUAGUUUAUACACCGUGUUGCAAAGUGUUUACUGUACUAUUUCAAAGCUUCUAAAUAAAUAUAAAAUAUAUAUAUUAUAUUAUAUAUAAUUUUCCGAAAAACGUGGUACAACUUAGUUGAUUUUUAAAUGGAUUCAUACAGUCUACACCAUACACUAAAGUGAGAAGAUAAUUCAGGGUUCCUAAGCUAUCCUUGCUAAAAACAAAAAUAAAAUAAACCUUUAAUAGUACUUCCCCAAUAUUCGUAUUUUGGUCAAUCCUGUUUUUCUUGUUAAAAAAAAAGAAAAAGCUGUAAGCAACAACAUUUUGUCUAAAAAUUGUAAUGGAUUUUCAAUGCCAAAGAUGCAGCUGUCAAUAUUACCCGAAUGAGCGCUAUGUACUAUCAGAGGUAUAAAUCACUCUCCAUUAUUUCGAUUAUGUUUCUAUGGUUUUUAAUUUAGAAUCACAAAAUCUUUUUCAAGGCUCUAUAAAUUCACCUGUAUAUGUUGUUAAAAAGAACACUGGGUGUCUGUACAUUUUGCAAUGUAAGAUAUAAUGUAAGUGAAGUUAAGUAUUUUAAGAAUAUCAUCCCAAGCUCAUAAAUACUCAUACAUACAUGCAUACAUACACACACACAAACACCCACACAUCUCUCUUUGACAUAGUUUUGUGAAACUAUACAAAUAUAUUGCCUAAAAAUAUUUCUCUUGUGGCUAGGAAUAGUUGUUGAUAGAAUUGAAAUUACAAAGGCAAAGUAUUUGCCAAACUAUUGACUCUUUUAUCACAAAGGAGAUUUCCAAUUAGGAACAUGGCACAUUCUCAGCUGACCCCUCUCCCAUUGGAGUAAAAAUGGUGUUGGCCACUAUCUUUGUUGGGAAAAGAAUUAAGCCCUUGCAUAUAAUCUUUAUGUUCUGUAAUAAUUAUGUGGUCUGAAACAGUAUCUUAGAGCGUUUCUUUUCUAUGAAAUAUUGAAAAAAAGUAAAAUUUCAAAGGUAAAGUUUAAAAUUACUUUCAUGUCCAUGGAGUUUAAGUACCAUUUACUAAAUGUAAAAAACUAGUAAAAUGUUUUUUUCUUUUUU